UUUCACACAGUUUUCAAAGAGCACCAGUUCCUGUCAGACACACUCCUUCCACACACACACUCAAACCUCGGACAUCUGCAGCACCGAGCCGGCGAAACAUGGCUUCACCGGACACCGCCUCCCUGCUUGUCGGACUCCUGCUCCUCUUUCACACCUGGGGAGGAUGGGCCAGCGUGGAGGUGAAUAUGGAGGGCAAAGUGGAGGUUUACCUGGGAGAAACAGCUCAGAUCACCUGCAUGUUUACAUCGUCCGAAGGUGUUGGCGGCAGGAUCCUGCAGUGGUUCUAUGUGACGGAAUCAGGUGAGGAGCAGAGAAUCUACUACCAGGACAGCAUGGGCAACUAUGCAGACCAAAACACGAGGUUCACAGACCGGAUCAGCGUGAACAGCACCGGAGACACCAACGUGGUGCUGACCAUCAGAGAUGUGACUCUGAAAGACGAAGUGGAUUUUAUCUGCUCCAUCAGUACUUUCACAGGAGAGUCUGGGAAAGGACGCACGAAGCUGAGAGUGUUCAAACCACCAAAGGAUCUCACCAUUAAGAGCGGUGAACAAACAGGGAUCUCAGUCAAUGAAGAGGAGCUAUCCAAGAUUGGCACUUGCAAUGUGAAAAAUGGAUACCCCAAGCCGAACGUCACGUGGUACAGAAACCGCACUCCACUUCGCAAUAUUCCGGACAAGGUCAAUGUGGUGUCCACCACCACGACCGAAUCCACCGGUCUGUUCUCAAUCGAGAGUGACCUCUUUAUGAGGGUGGUGGAGGAGGACAAAGACUCUGAGUUCUACUGCGAGGUCGUCUACUUUGUUCCCGGAGCGACCAAUAUGAUAGAGACUGACAUUAUCAACAUCACUGUCCUCUACCCCCACACUGAAGUAAAUAUUUGGGUGGAGUCGCCGAAGGGCAAAAUCAAGGAAGGUGACACAGUCGAGCUUCAAUGUGAUGGCAACGGGAAUCUUCAUUUUGCAAGUUUUGCAAUCAAGAGGAAAGAUGGUCAAGAGUCUUCGGACAGCAAUGUGUUGGUGCUGAACAACGUGACCCGCCUGGACAGUGGAGAGUACGUGUGUACUACUUACGACUUGGAGUCGUUUUCCGAAAUCACAAACUCUACCAGAGUGUUUGUUCACUAUCUCGAUCGUGCUGUUGUGACGCCUAAAGGCUCUAUCGUGGUGGCCCAAGGAGGGGAGCUGGAAGCUACUUGCAAUGCCCUCUCUUCUGCCCUCAGGACUGACAAAGCCUGGUUUAAGAAUGGAGCUAAGAUUUCAAACAAUAACACUUUGAGACUGAAGGAUGCCACGUUUGACACGGCAGGGACAUAUGUGUGUGUGGUGACUGUUCCUGAGAUUGAUGGAAUGGAAACUACCGGCACACUUGACGUUCAUGUCAAAGGGCCGCCACAGAUCAUGGGGCCGGACGUCACACAGAUAGAGAGUUUUGAGACUGUUGACUUGACCUGCAACGUCCGAGGGUACCCUGUUCCCAAGGUUUUCUGGACCCCUACUGGACAGGUCAACAUAUUGUCUGAGGAAGCAACUGGGGAGGGACUUCGGAGUGUCGCCCAAGUCACUUUCAACUCUGACAUCACCGUUUUCUGCAACGCCGUUAAUGUACAUGGCAACCACUCUGUGGCCUUUGACAUCAAGGCCAUCCUUCCCACUGCACACACCACCACCACACCAACUACAGCCACCACCACACCAGCUACAACCACCACCACUACUUCAGCCACCACCACCACCACAGCCACCAUUACCAAUUCUAAUAACACAGCCACAACAAAAUCGCCACAGAAAAUCAAGAAAGAGAGCAAUGGUGUAGUCAUUGUGGUCAUCAUCAUCUGCCUCCUACUCCUGGCCAUCUUGGGGAGUGUGCUCUUCUUCCUCUACAAAAAAGGCAAAAUCUGCGGCCGGUCCGGCAAGAAAGACCUCUCCAAAGUGAAGUCCAACAAAGAUAACAUCGUGGUGGAGAUGAAGAGCGACAACACGGAGGAGGCCAUUCUCCUCGGGGUCAACGGAGAAAAGCAGCUACCUAGCGACCAGUGAAGAGCUCCGAGUACCUGCCCAAGCAGAAGUGAGGAGGUGACCGCAGACACACCGACAAGCUGCUCCUGUUCUUCCCUCUCAGGCUGACACCCGCCGAUGCCUUCAAGCUCCCACCUCAGAGCUAUGUCACGGAAAAGCACUGCAAAUCACGAUGGGACUGUAACCAUUACUCCAAAACUGACGCUUUCGCUCGUUGUCCCUCACAUCCCAGUACAUUUCUUUCUCCUCUUUGUCGGGGAUUGAUCGACGACUCCAAAUCAUAACUCUGCUAGAACGUACCUCUCUUUACCGCAAGCCUUGUAUGAUGCAGCUGAUCGUCCGUAGAACAAGAAUUAGAGCACAAAGCUGAGCAGGGAGCGUCUCUGUAUCACCUCAGACAAAGCAAUCACUGAAGAGCAGCCUGAAACAGCUCGACACGUGUACAUAUUAUAAUCUAUGUAUAUAUUUCCUUAUUUAAAAUAACACCAUAGAAAAAAAAAAAACAACCAAAAACAAAUGACCAGAUAGUCUUUUCAUUUUCAGGGGAGCUUUAUAGUGGGUAGAUAUCUUUUUUUUUGUUCUUUUUUUUCCCUAAGUCUGUACACUGAAAUUCUGGGGCUCACCUCUACAGCCAGUUCACUUCUUCACCAAGCGUUUGCCUUUUAGCUCCGAAAAAAAAAAAAGUUUCAGGUCAUUUAGUCACAUAUCAUUCACAUCUUAACACACGUCUUUACACUCCCCAGUUUGUGCAUAUUAAUAAUAUCCUGUGAGACGGGUGUGAAAUAAUCUGUUCAGGACUGCACGUAGAAUUAAUAAUCAGCAUUUUGUCUUUCCUUCACAGCUUUGAUUAUUUUUUUUUUAUUUGUGUGUGUUUAAGCGUCGCCAGCAGAAGCCUUAGAAAUGACAUUGAAAGGAAAGAAGACUCCACGUUUUGUACUGUUAGUUAUAUUUAAUGUCCGGUGCACUGAUUCCUUCCCGCAGUCGUGUUGUUGUGUUUCCCUAAUGUGAAACAGCUGUUUUCUUUGGUAUAUGUUAAUGACAUGUAUUUCUGUAGCUGUUUUUGUUUGUUUUUUUGUUUUUGUUUGUUAUAAGGAGGGAUGAGGGCAGAACAGAUUGUUGCUCCAUGGGAAAAUAUGCUUCACGGCAUGAAGUCGCCCUCGCUACGAGGAAAAGACACGUUUCCGUUUGAUUCGUUCAUGUGUCGACUGAAACUUGAAACAUCAGUUUGAUCCCAGAGAGACGCAAUACCCCCCUCAGACAUGAUGCCUUAAAAUUGACAACCACUCCUGGUUUAAGAAUAAUGAAAACUGAUUUUCAUGUUGACUACUGAGGAGGGGGGAAUGACUGUGACUCCACGUAUGCAAGGUGAAGUUUAAAAGACAAUCAAGCCACUCUGUGCAGCUGUUAAACCCUUCCUGUUUUUUUUUAUUGUUUCCGUUUCCUAUUUUUAAGAACUACCAUUGUUAAAGAUGUUCGAAAUCUGUUAUAAGUGCAUUUUAAUUAGUUUUUGAAAAUUACACCAAAAUAAAGAUUGACUGCUCAAUGAAAA